AUGUGUGGCCAAUUUUCACAAUCAGCUGUUAGAAGGGAAGAUCUUAAAACAUCCGUUAAACGUAUUGAUGUAAUUCAAUUUGAUCAAGGGCAUGUACUGGGCAAUGAGAACAACAAGAGACUCCUAAUAACUUUUCUUUGUGAGGCCUUACAGAAAGAGGAAGUAGAAGUGGCUGUUGUCGAAGAAGAUGCGGAUCGAGUGAUGGUCAUGACGGCGUUUUCAAAAAGAGUAGUAGCCGAUCGGGUAGUCAUAGUGGGAGAAGACAUCGACCUGUUCAUUCUUCUCAAUGGUUUAGGCGCUGAAGAAACAAACGUCUGCCCUCAGAAUAACAUGAGAGGCGAAACUGGUUGUUGUCACUACUCUAUGACCUACUACAACCACCAUGACUCCCAGCGAUCACCAGGGACAGUACUAUUCACCCACGCGUUUGCCGGGUGCGAUACCACCUCAGCACCGUUUGGCCACGGAAAGACCAAAAUCACCACACCCCUGAGCAAGAGUGAACCACUUACUGAGCAAGUGGAGGUCCUCCUUCGGCAAGACUUCACCCCACAAGCCGUGAGAGAAGCAGGCAUCAAAUGCGUUGUGGCUCUAUAUGGGGGUGAAAUCGCGAGGGAUAAUUUGGAUUUCCUGAGGUAUAAGACGUUUGUUACUUCAACGAGCAUAAACCUCAACCGUUUUGCCACCGACGGAAGAUGCCGCAGGCCACCAUGCAGCAAGGUGCUACCUCCAAGUGCAUAA